AUGAACUCCUCAGAUGACCAGAAAAUGCAGUUCCAGUUCUUUGAAAAUGUAAUCAGAUGUGAAUUACAACCCAGUUCUGUGUCUGCAGACUUGGAGUGUCACUCACAGCCCAGCCUCGCUCUCGCGGGUCAGCGACCAAUGGGCAUAGGCCGGGCCCGGGAGCGCGACCAAUGGGAGUCGCCAUCUCUUCCCAUCCUGGAGAGGGAGGCUGAUUUUGACAAGGCGGCCAAAGACGUGAGGAAGCUGAAAACCAGGCCAGAUGAUGAGGAACUAAAAGAGAUCUAUGGACUCUACAAACAGUCUGUAACUGGAGACAUAGAUAUUGAGUGUCCAGCACUGUUAGAUCUAAAAGGAAAGGCUAAGUGGGAAGCCUGGAACCUUCAGAAAGGAUUAUCAAAGGAAGAUGCCAUGAAUGCCUAUAUUUCUAAAGCAAAAGAACUAAUAGAAAAAUACGGAAUCUAG